GUUGUUUGUUAUGACUUACCGUGACACAUUAAAAGCUAUUAUAGAGUGAGUGGUGCGCAAGACAGUACAAAUAGACCAGGGGAAACCAACAUCGACGUAUAGGAUCGGUUUAUUUCCCAAGCUUUCUUGUGUGCAGGUUCUAGGUGGACUAUCCGGCAGAGACAGUCCACGGUUGGGAGGAAAUAUCUUCACGAAGCGAGAACAAACUUCCCCCCGAUGGCGUUGGUAGAUGACGGCACAACGUAAUUUCGUCACGUGUUGUCCUAAAUGUGAUAGUCUAACGUUGCCUUGCGAGAGAACCAUCAUCAGGAUGCGAAAAAUUAUCGCACAUAAUUUCGAUUAUCCUGUGAGGCUAUUUUGAGCCAGAUUAAUAGUCGUGACGUAUUCUCGAGAUCUGCGUUUCCGUAUGGUUUGCGAAUCGAGUUAAUUCUUCCGGUUUUCCGUUCGGGCAAUAGGUUCUACAUUAGUUUUCCAUUGUAAUAGUUGAAUAUUCCGAUUUGGUACUGCCGACAAGUCGAUUCGAUUAUUCAGGAUUAAGCUCGGGAAGAAAAACUCCACAAAAGUAUCGAAGGAAUGCAUUCCAAGUUUUCCAUAUCGUGUAUGCUGAGAAGAUAAAUCAUUAAAUUUAGUUGAAAUAACAGUGUGAACAUCUUGUGGAGCAUGUCCUCCCACGGUCAGAAAACUUUGGUUGUUAGAUGUGAUGUGAAAAUCAUUGUGGAAACAUGAAAAAAAUAAUGGUGGUAUACCGUAACGUGUAAGGUAGCAGUAGGUGUAUGCCAGCUGCUGAAGAAAAAAUUGGAUUAAGGCUACGAGCAAAUGAUGAUGGAAGAUCCAUUUUUCGUAGUGAAGGACGAAGUAUUCAAGGCACUUAACAAGACUCGAGGACUGUACUUGCGGUGGCGCGAGCUAAACGAUGCUUCAUCCGGAGGCACCACUGCGGAGGCUGAAUGGACUACUACUGAAUUGAAAAAUUCCCUACGCAGCAUCGAGUGGGAUCUGGAGGACCUCGAGGACACUAUCAGUAUCGUUGAGAAAAACCCUAGCAAGUUCAAAAUCGACAACAAAGAGCUCUCCAGUCGGCGCCACUUCAUCGAUGCAACCCGCGAUGAGGUCAAAUCUAUGAAAGAUCGUAUGAGCAUCAACCGCAAUCGGGACAGAGAUAUUACCGCUAGGCAACCUCUGCUGGACAACUGCGAUCACGGGUCACCUCAGAAUCAAGUGAACAAGAAUUUCAUCAAUAACAACUGUAUUAUCGGCGGAGCACCAAACGUCGGUGGAUCACAUCUGAACAACUUGAACAACAACAAUCUCAACCUAGCAGGAACGGGCAAGAACCUGAUCAGUUCAGCUGGAGCAGCCAUGGCAGCGUCACGGCACAGCGGGGCAAAGUAUUCCAAACUCGAGAACAACUUGGAUGACAGUCCAACGCAUUACGCUUCAUCGUCGUCGGCCAUGCUGGACCACGCAUCGAACAGAUUCGUCGAGGACACGUUGGCCACGCAGCAGCGAAUAAUGGCCUCCCAGGACGAGCAGCUGGACGUGAUCAGCGAUUCGAUAGGAACGCUCAAAACCGUUUCGCGCCAGAUCGGUGUAGAACUGGACGAGCAGGCAGUAAUGCUGGACGAGUUCGGUAACGAACUGGAGCAGACGGAAUCGAAACUGGACUCCACCAUGAAGAAGGUGGCAAAAGUACUGCACAUCACUAGCGAACGAAGACAGUGGAUGGCUAUUGUGGUGCUUUCGGUGAUGCUGGUUGUUGUGAUAAUUAUUUAUAUUAUACUUUAAGUUUUUUUAGAUUUUAUGUUUAUUUCAAUGCUACCUAUUUUAAAGACUUGCAUUGGAUUGAAUGAGAAAUCGAUUAUAUUUUCAUUUUCAAUUCCGUUUAAUCAGUCAAGCUAUGAAUUUCAACCACACGAUUUAAGCAAAUUUUCCCAGACGAGCUUGACCAGCUUAUAACAUACUGAGCGUUUACCUAAGCAAUUCAAAUUUCCCGAAAAUUAAAAUCAUCCAACAUCAAGGGGCUGUGACGAGAGCGAAAAUCGAAAGGGAGAACAACCAAGUCUUCGGCAAGUCAAACGAAACAUUUUUUUUUUUACAAAGAUUUUACGUUCCAUUUAACGGCAGCAGAAACAUGUAAUAAGAAAUUGUAAGAGUAGUGAGAUAGCAGUUACGCUGUAGUUUGUAGAAAGUUGAUCCAGCUGCGAUCGGACAUAAAAGUAUAGCAUAAGCGAAAAUGAGUGUGUACAUACAAUGAAUUUGUGUGUUCACUACUGUGGCUCUUGUCGGACUCCGAUCUGGACCAAACGGAAAUCUUUUUCUUUAUCCUCUAUAUAAUCAUUCCUAGAUUUGGAUAGAAUCCCCUUUUGUGAACUGUGUAAUGUAUACAUUUUUCAUUUUAAUCGUAGAAGCACAGCAUAUUUAACUCAAGCAGACCAUAAGGUGAAUGCGUCUGCAAAUUAAGUAAAAACACACAAAUCUAGUCAAAUGCCUACAUUUGCAUGGAACUGACAUAACCACAGAGAAGAGUAGAUUUAUUUUUCAUAAUUAUUCACCUCUUUCUAAACAAUAAUUACAGUUUCAAGGGUUAGGUCAAGAAUAUAAUGGUAGGGGAGCAAUUACAUGUAGAAAAGGAUUGAAAACUUGAGUAAAAUGUAUGUUUAUGAGUCUAUUCCAAGCCAAAUUUUAUCAUAAUUUGAAGUAUAACUAAAAAAACUAUUAGAUUCCAAUACAAGUAACAAUUAUAUGGAUGAUGAUAUGAAAAACUGUAAGAAUAUGAUAAACAUUAUUCAGAAUUGCGACAGUAAACAGCAAUAGAAACGGAGUUUUAAAUGUUUAUUUUUUAUUAAUUUUAUUGUAAUGAAUAAAGUAACCAUUCAGAAGUCAA